AUGCAUAAUCCAAAACCAAAACAAAAUGAUAAUAUAGAUAGGCUGUACACACCGCAGCUAAAGUUUACUAAUUUUGCCGCGCAGGCACCGAUAGUAACAAAGUAUGUAACUUCAAAAUUUUUAAGACACGACGUUUCAUACUUUCAGAGGGAAGAAACUAAAAAAGAGCCAGAGCAGGAAGGAUCAAAAGUCUUGGUAAUACAUCCUGGAUCAAAAUAUCUAAGGAUUGGGCGUGCAUCAGAAGCAUUCCCAUAUGUAGUUCCACAUCAAACAGAUAAACAAAAAGACAGGCAAGAAGAUAGAUUAGACAACAGACAAGAGAACAAGCAAGAAGACAAACAAAAAAGCAAAGAAGAGGACAGACAAGAAGAAAUGAGUACAAAUAUUGAAGAUACAAAAAUGUCAGUUGAUAAAAAUACUGAUAUAACAAUGGAAAAUGAUGAUACAAAAUCAGAUAGUGGUGAAAAUUGGUCCGGAUCUGUGGGUUCACCGGCUGUGAUGGAAGAGAUAGAAGAAGAUGAGGAACAAUUCACUCAAGUCUUAAAUGAGAUAAGAAAAGAGUUAAAAGAUAGAAUGAAAACCUCAAAAAGACGACCGGUGGCUAAUGCACAAGCACAAGUUUUAUCAUUUAAUAAGUCAGCUCAUCCGGAAACAAUUGCAGAUCAUAACGACCCUUACAAGGUCGAUUGGACCGUGGUUGAUGAAAAAGUGGAUUAUUAUGUUGGGGAAAAGGCACUUCGUCUCCACGAUAAUGAGAAUCAUUUUAAAUUAUUCUAUCCGAUACAGCAUGGUGAAUUUAAUACUAGGGAUUAUAAUUCUAUUAAAGCAGUUGUUGGAGAUUUGGAAACAAUUUGGACCACUACGAUAACGGAAAAACUUGAGAUCCCUUUGAAGAAUUUUAAGGCAUCACAAGAAUCAGUUUGUGUGAGUUUCGGUGCCGGUAUAUCGGUUGCAUGUAUUGUGGAUAUUGGUGCCCAAACAUCCACCGUUGCAUGUGUGGAAGAUGGGAUGUGCAUUCCAGAUUCAAGAAUAUGUCUGCGUUAUGGAGGUGAUGAUAUCACAACAUUCUUUAUAAGGCUUUUGCGAAAGAGUAAAUUUCCAUAUGCUGAAAUGGAUUUAAAUCGUAUGUAUGAUUGGAUGCUGGCUGAAGAAAUGAAAGAAAAAUUCUGUACUCUGGAUGAAUGCUUUUUUUAUCCUCAUAUAAUUAAUUUUCAUAAAAAAUCCGCCGAAUUUCCCCCUAAAUUCACGUCUCAUGUGAUUGAUGAUAUAACAGAAGGUGUUAAUACCUCCACAGGGCUUUCACCAAAUCUAGUAAUGCAAAAACCUAAGCUUUCCGUUGCAACACAAGUAACACAAGCCAAAACCUCUUUUCCUUCACCAUCACCACAACAACGUGAUAGUCCUGGUCCAAUGACACCUCUUAGACUCGAUAACUCUGCAGCAUCAACUAACGGACCUUCACCUACUUCUGCAGCGCCAUCGAUAUCACGUAUUAGUAACGCUUCUUCAAUAGACCCAGUGUCUACAGUUUCGCUUGAUGAUGCUAUAAUUCAAAGUAUCAAUGCUGCAGCAACGGAGGAAAGGGCCAAAAAAUUUUAUGGAAGUAUUUUACUUGUUGGCGGUGGAGGACUUAUUUCAGGGAUUCAUAAAAUGUUAGAGAAUCGCAUAUUUUCACGAACCCUACCAUUUACUGACAAAUUUGAGAUUCUUGGUUCGCCUCGUGAUCUAGAUCCGAGAUUACUGGCAUGGAAAGGUGGAUCUGUAAUGAGUAAAUUAGAAAUUGUAAAUGAAUUAUGGAUCAAUUCUAAUGAAUGGGAGGAAUUGGGUGUGAGAUGUCUUAGAGAAAAAGCAUUGUUUGUCUGGUGA